GUUAAUUCAUCCACCUAGCUGUCAAUUGGAAUGACGGGUUUUCGCGGUGAACCCUAUCGUGUUGAAAGUUACGACUUUGUCUGCCGCGAGUAAUUUCCGUCAUAAUUUAAAGCAGUGCGUUGUAUUCGAUAUUCAAUUUAUUUUAGAAUGUCUGACGAUAAGAAAGCAAAGCCCGAUGUUGAUGAAAAAGAGCUCAACGAUCUGCUUGACAAUGCGCUCAAAGACUUCGAUAGUGCUCAGCCGGGAAGGAGCGCCCCCAGCGGCUCGUCGGUUGGAGGCGGUGUUGCGGAUGCUGACGCUACAGAGAUGUGGAACGAUGAUUUUUUCGCGGAACAGGCAAAACUUUUGGGUGAACGUGUGAAUGCUAUGUUCGGUGAAGGCGCUAGUGGCCCUUCUGAAGAACAGAUACAAGUAGGAUUCCAGCGGAUGGCAGAAGCGGCAGCAAUGGCUCUUCAGGGCGCCGAAAGCGAUGCCGGGCAAAAAUACGCAGAUAGCAUUAAAGAAACUUUGAAGGGCUUAAAAGAAGGAGUAGAUGAGUUACAGGCACCAGUUUCCGAAAAUGACCUAGCAAAUAUGUUUUCAAAUGUGAAUUUGGAAGGCGAAGGUGAAGGAGACUUAAAUCCUUUCUUACCAUUUAUGCAAGGAAUGAUGCAAACUCUAUUAUCCCCCGAAAUUCUCUUACCAAGUAUGAAAGAACUCUCGGAAAAGUUUCCCCAAUAUUUGGAAGAGAAUGGAGAUAAGAUCGACGCAGCUGACAAGGAAAGAUAUGAGAAACAACAAGAACUAUUCGCAGUAAUAUGCAAGGAUCUGGAAGAAGAAAAACCGGAUGAUUCAGCGAAUGUGAAGAAAGAGCGUUUCGGACGAGUAUUGCAAAAUAUGCAAAAGUUACACGAAUAUGGUCAACCCCCUGCAGAUUUGAUCGGCGAUGUUGAAGGUGGCGCGCAAUGCCCGUUAAUGUAACAGUUGGUAGUCUGGAGUAUGGGUUUUGAAAAAGUCUCAACUAGUAACUUCGGUGUUUUAUAUAGGACUGAGAACAUAUAUGUACAUUUAUGAUACUUGUAAUGGAAAAAAACGAAUGUUGAUUUGUUAAUAUGUUUUUAUUACAAAAUAAGAUGUGACUUUUACAAUGGACAAA